UUAUCCAUUCGCGCUCCGGGAAGCAAGCGGUCACCAUGGCGCCAGCUCCUCCCCCAAACCUCUCAUAAACCCCGCGGCGGCUUCCGGCUUCGCUUCCCACCGCCAUGCCCAUGCCCGCCUCCUCCAGCUCCUAGGAUGCCGCCUCCGCCGACGAAGCCCCACCUGAACCCUCCCUUGCUCCUCCUCGGCUCCCUCCGCUCCUCGCAACCCCUCCCGCCCUCGCGCCCGCGGAGCGGGCGCCUCAGCUCCAGCCCCGGCCGGCCUCCUCGCGCGGUCGUUUCGGUGUCGUCAGAGUCGGCGGCGGCGGCUUCCACAUCCUCCGCCGACACGAGCGCGGCGCUGCGGGAGCUCUGCGCGCAUGGGGAGCUGCAGCAGGCGCUCUGGCUGCUCGAGUCCUCCCCGGAGCCGCCCGACGAGGACGCCUACGUGGCGCUCUUCCACCUCUGCGAGUGGCGCCGGGCCGCGGAGCACGGGCUGCGCGCGUGCGGGCACGCCGACGCCGCGCACGGCACCUUCGGGCUCCGCCUCGGGAACGCCAUGCUCAGCAUGCUCGUCCGGUUCGGGGAGACGUGGCACGCGUGGAAGGUGUUCGCGAAAAUGCCCGAGCGGGACGUCUUCUCGUGGAACGUCAUGGUGGGAGGGUACGGCAAGGCGGGGUUCCUGGAGGAGGCGCUGGACUUGUACCACAGGAUGCUGUGGGCUGGGGCGAGGCCCGACGUGUACACGUUCCCCUGCGUGCUGCGGAGCUGCGGGGGCGUCCCAGACUUGACGAUGGGGAGGGAGGUGCACGCUCAUGUGCUGAGGUUCGGGCUCGGAGUCGAGGUCGAUGUGUUGAAUGCGCUCGUGACCAUGUAUGCCAAGUGUGGUGAUGUUGAGGCUGCACGGAAGGUGUUUGAUGGCAUGUCAUUGACGGACUGCAUCUCAUGGAACGCGAUGAUUGCCGGGCAUUUUGAAAACCAUGAGUGCGAGGCGGGGCUGGAGUUAUUUCUUCACAUGCUGGAGGAUGAAGUGGAGCCGAAUCUCAUGACGAUAACCAGUGUGACUGUUGCAUCUGGAUUGUUGUCUGACCUUGAUUUUGCAAAGGAAAUACAUGCAUUAGCCGUAAAGAGAGGCUUUGCCACUGAUGUUGCAUUCUGUAACUCCUUGAUUCAGAUGUAUUCCAGUCUUGGGAGGAUGGGGGAAGCAUGCACAGUAUUCUCAAGAAUGGAGACCAGAGAUGCCAUGUCAUGGACAGCCAUGAUAUCAGGGUAUGAGAAAAACGGCUUUCCGGACAAAGCUCUUGAAGUGUAUGCACUCAUGGAAGUAAACAACGUCAGUCCUGAUGAUGUUACUGUAGCAAGCGCUCUUGCUGCUUGUGCUUCCUUAGGGCGAUUAGAUGUUGGCAUCAAGUUGCAUGAGCUUGCCACAAGCAAGGGAUUCAUAAGGUACAUCGUGGUUGCAAACGCACUCGUUGAAAUGUAUGCGAAGUCAAAGAUCAUUGAAAAAGCUAUUGAAGUUUUUAAGUACAUGCCUGACAAGGAUGUCAUAUCGUGGAGUUCAAUGAUUGCAGGCUUUUGCUUUAACCAUAAGAACUUCGAGGCUCUAUAUUAUUUCCGGCAUAUGCUGGCAGAUGUAAAACCCAAUUCUGUUACUUUUAUUGCUGCUCUUGCUGCUUGUGCUGCCACUGGGUCUUUGAGGUGUGGUAAAGAGAUCCAUGCACAUGUUUUAAGGCAAGGUAUCGCAUCUGAAGGUUAUGUACCCAAUGCUCUUCUAGACUUGUAUGUGAAAUGUGGCCAGACAGGAUAUGCCUGGGCACAGUUUGGUGCACAUGGCACAAAGGAUGUUGUAUCUUGGAAUAUCAUGCUUGCUGGUUUUGUUGCUCAUGGGCAUGGAGACAUUGCUCUAUCAUUCUUCAAUGAAAUGUUAGAAACUGGAGAGCAUCCGGAUGAAGUUACGUUUGUUGCUCUGUUGUGUGGUUGCAGUAGGGCUGGAAUGGUUAGUCAGGGUUGGGAACUUUUUCAUAGUAUGACUGAGAAGUACUCAAUUGUUCCAAAUCUCAAACAUUAUGCAUGCAUGGUGGAUUUACUGAGCCGUGUUGGGAGAUUAACAGAAGGUUACAACUUCAUAAAUAGAAUGCCUAUUACACCAGAUGCUGCUGUAUGGGGAGCCCUGCUGAAUGGAUGUCGGAUACACCGGAAUAUUGAACUUGGCGAGCUUGCUGCGAAAAUUGUCCUUGAGUUGGAACCUAAUGAUGCUGGAUAUCAUGUUCUUCUCUCUGAUUUAUAUGCCGAUGCUGGCAUGUGGGCUGAAGUGUCUAAGGUGAGAAAAACCAUGCGAGUGAAGGGAUUGGAGCAUGACUAUGGAUGUAGCUGGGUUGAAGUUAAAGGAGCUAUCCAUGCAUUUCUUACAGAUGAUGAAUCACAUCCACAGAUCAAAGAAAUAAAUGAUGUUUUAGAUGGCAUAUAUGAGCGGAUGAAAGCAUCUGGGUUUGCUCCUGUUGAAUCUUAUUCUUUAGAAGAUAAAGAAGUGUCCAAGGAUGAUGUGUUAUGUGGUCACAGUGAAAGACUAGCUGUUGCUUUUGGUUUGAUCAAUACCACACCUGGCACCUCAAUUUGUGUCACAAAGAACCAGUACACUUGCGAAAGCUGUCAUGGUAUAUUGAGGAUGAUUUCUAAGAUUGUUCGAAGAGAAAUAACUGUCAGGGACACCAAGGAAUUCCACCAUUUUAGGGAUGGAAGUUGUUCAUGCGGAGGUUCAGGCUAAGGAGAAUAUAGUAUGUGGCCUGUGCAAUUAUUCACCUCGGUUCCGAACCAAAGUACAGAAGUCUUUUGUAACAAGCAUUGUGAACCUGAUAUAGAAAUAGUCAUGAGCAAGUAGCAGGACAGACAUCUUUGAUACAACAACAUGCCCACCACAGGACUGAUUGCUGCUUAGAUAAACAUAUCUUAGGUUUUGGGUCAUGUAAAUUUACAACUUGGUACAUGACAAAGAAUGGUGAAAAGUUAUCCGAGAUGCUGGAAUUCAGUUUCUACAUCUCGACCUCACAGAAAUCUCCUGAAGUAGUUCUUCUUGGAGAUGAUAUUUGCUUCCAACAACUUGCCAAAGAAAUAUCAAGAGAUGAUGACUGGAAGGAAGCUCGGGACAGGAACCAGGCGUAAAGGAUUGUGGUAUAUGGACCGUGAGAUGCCCAGCACUACCACAAGUUUAGUACCAGCUGCAAUACUAGGUGAAAAGGAAACAAUGGCAAUCAUCCAUCACUGUCGGAUGGGGCAUAUGGCUUUUGAUAAGAUGUAUAAGGUGUUUCUUGAUGUAAUGUGUGGGGUGGACAAGAGUACACUCAAGUGUGAUGCAUGUGAGUAUGCAAAACACACGAGAACUUCCUAUGUGAGUAAGGGGCUUAGAAGUAUAUCCCCGUUUAUGUUGAUUCAUUCAGAUGUGUGGACAUGUCCUGUUGUCUCUGUCAGUGGUAUGAAAUAUUUUGUGACAUU